AAAAAAGAAAAAAAUUCUAAAAUACAACGUUAGUUUAAUAAAUCCUUUAACAAAUUCGUUGUCCUAAAACUAAAAUAACAGUGAUAAACGCCGCUCCAUCCAUCUCCAUCCAUCUCCAGAAACACAACACAACAGAAUUGCAAAUUGAUUCCAAUUCAUUAACAAAUAAAAACGACGGUGCUCCUGCAACGUACUAACCCUAACUCUCAUCAAAUUCAGAAAUCAAUCCUCAUCUUCUUCUUGCCUUUCUGAGCAGCUCUACUCACUUUCCACGAACAGGCGAUGGCAUCGAAGGCGGUGGCUAUGGCAGCUGAGAGAGUUGGUAGGGCUGCACGCCGUCAGGCCGUUACCUUAACAGACGCCGCCGCCUCCCGUGUACGGCAGCUUCUUGAGCAGCGCCAGAGGUCCUUCCUCAAGCUCGGUGUCAAGGCUCGCGGUUGUAACGGCUUAUCCUACACCCUCAACUACGCAGAUGAAAAAGGGAAGUUUGAUGAGUUGGUUGAGGAUAAAGGUGUCAAGAUACUGAUUGAUCCAAAGGCCCUUAUGCAUGUUAUCGGAACAAGGAUGGAUUUUGUAGAUGACACUUAUUGUAUUGUGGUAAAGAAAUAUUUUUCGUUUUCGGAGCAAAUAUUAUAUAUUGGGAAAAUAUGCAAUUACAGAAACAAACAUCUUAAGACCAUUGUAUCAAAACUGCACAUUGGAUUGUGA